AUGGCUCUAGUGUUAGUGUCGCGGGUGGCAGCUGCUUGGAAGAAGAUUAACGGAUUUUUUAUUGAAUCAGGGGCUUAUGAUGGAGAACACUUGUCCAACACAUUAUUUCUUGAACGUUUUCGGAAUUGGACGGGACUGCUUAUUGAACCAAAUCCAUCACUAUUUUUGAAACUGCUGAGAAAAAAUAGAAAAUCAUUCGCAGUAAAUGCAUGCCUUUCAACAAAAGACUAUCCAUCGGUUGAGACAUUCUCUAGUGGGAAGGGUGCAUGUUUUGGGCGUAUAUUAGAUCACGAAGGAGAAAAUUUUCAAAACCAGACUUUUAAAGUGAAGUGUUAUCCUCUGAUUUCAAUAUUACAGGCAAUUAACCGCUAUGAAGUGGAUUAUUUCAGUUUAGAUAUAGAAGGUGCUGAAGAAGGGGUACUUAGUAAAAUACCGUGGGAGAAAGUAAACAUAAAGAUCAUUUCAAUAGAACACAAUAAAUGGCGUGGCGGUAAAUUGAACCUCAAACAUUUCAUGGAAAAGCGAGGAUACAAAUAUGUGAAAGAAAUAAGUGAUGUAGGUGUUGCUCCUGACUUGAUAUUUGAGAAGAAAACUCAAGACCUGGGUAACGGGCUAUAA